GUGGGUCUGCGUGGGAACUCCGUUCCAGAGCCUGGUCCCAGAAGGGCGGCGGAGCGGAGCUAGUGCGCCCAGGCCCGGAUCUGGAACGCGGUCUGAGAGCGCGCCUGAAAGCGGGGGAACCGUCCCGCCCCGGGCGGCAGCGCUCCGCGCCCGGGCGGGAGUCCGGGUUUGAUAGCCCUGCUCUGGGCCCUGCGGGUCGGCUGGGUGUCACCGCGCGGAGUGGGAAUACCCGAUGUUACCCAGCUUACCAGCUUACUCCCUGCUCCCUGAACUGUAGGGAGGACCACAGGGCUGCUACCGCAGGACAGUGAUUUGGACCUAGUGAAAGGACGUCGUCCCUUAGCCCCAGCUAUGGACUCCACAGCAUCAGAGAGAUACCCAGGAGAAAAGGGAACAACCAGUUUAUUCCUGAAAGCCAGGCCCCAGGAUCUGAUGACAUUUGAGGAUGUAGCUGUGGAAUUCACCCAGUGGGAAUGGGGGAAGUUGGACCCCGCUCAAAAGGACCUAUACAGGGCAGUGAUGCUGGAGAACUUCAAGAACCUGGCCUCUCUGGGGCUUCCAGUGUCUAAACCAUACGUGAUCUCUCAGUUGGAGGAAGGGAAGGAGCCCUAUGUGUUAGAGGGAGAAAUCUCAACAGGUGAAUACUAGAAUGUCUUUUUUUUCCCCCCCUCAGACUGGGAAAAAAGGCCUAAAGCCAAGGAAUCAAUACUAAAUCAGGGAAUUUCCAAAGAAGAAUUACUCCAGAUAGCAUCAGUGGAAAAACAUGUCAGAGAUGAACUCUGCUUCUGCAAACUGAAAGUAACCUAUGGUUGUGAUGACCAAUUAGAGAUACAUCCAGAAAACCAGGAGAGACAUCUGAAAGAAAUGUCAAUCACUCAAAAAUCUACCACCCUUAAGACAGAUCAUGAACGGAGUGAAUUUGGGAGAAGUUUAGGCUUAAGAUCAGUCCUUGUUAACCAACACAGUGUUCCUAUAGGAGAAGGAUCCUAUAAAUGUGAUACAGAAUUCAGACAGACUUCAGGGAGAAAUAACUCCCAGAGAACCCAUUCAGGAAAGAAACCUUGUAAAUGCAGUGAAUGUGGGAAGUCUUUCCAUUUCCAGUCAGAACUUAGGCGCCACCAGAGAUGUCACACUGGAGAAAAGCCCUAUGAAUGCAGUGAAUGUAGAAGAGCCUUUGGUCAUAUUUCAUCCCUUAUUAAACAUCAGAGAACUCAUACUGGAGAAAAGCCCUAUGAAUGCAGUGAAUGUGGGAGAGCCUUCAGCCAGAGUUCAUCUCUUGUUUUACAUUAUAGAUUUCAUACUGGAGAGAAACCCUACAAAUGUAAUGAAUGUGGAAGAGCCUUUGGUCAUACUUCGUCUCUUAUUAAACAUCAGAGAACUCAUACUGGAGAAAAGCCCUAUGAAUGCAGGGAAUGUGGGAGAACCUUCAGUCAGAGUUCAUCUCUCAUCGUACAUUAUAGAUUUCAUACUGGAGAGAAACCUUACAAAUGUAAUAAAUGUGGGAGAGCCUUCAGCCAAAGUUCAUCUCUCACUCAACAUUAUAGAUUUCAUACUGGAGAGAAACCCUACAAAUGUAAUGAAUGUGGGAGAGCCUUUGCUCAUACUGCAUCCCUUAUUAAACAUCAGAAAAGUCAUGCUGGAAAAAAAGCCGUAUGAAUUCAGUGCAUGUAGGAAGGCUUUCAGCUGGAAUACACACAAUAUUCCCAUGACACACACUGGAGAGAGAUCCUGUAUGUGUAAUGUAUGUAGGAAGACUUUUGGUUGGAAGACCUAUCUUGUUCAACAUCAGACAGUACCUGCUAAAGAGAAGCUCUAUCAAUGUCAAGAGAGAAGGCGGGCUUUCAGUCGCACCUUGCCUCUUAUCAAACACUAGAGAAUCCAUAUUAGUGAGAAACCAAGUAAAUGUGAUUUGAUUUGGAAAGGCUUUUGUCAGAGGACA